AUGAGUUUCAACGACUAGAAUAGUUUAAAUCCCACUCUUAACAACUCAAACAAUCCAAAUAACAACACAAACACCACUUAAAACAUGUUCUCUGCUACUAAUACAUCAAAGAACAUCAAUAACGAGUGCAAAACCUCUUAAAACGGAAAUAACUCCAGCAUUAAUAAUAAUAACUAUUUAGAUUUUGACUUUAAUGACUGUGAUCUUUUCGGAGGAAACAACCACUCUAAUUUGGGUAACAUGAUGGGCGGAGCUCUUCACAACCACCAUCAAUAAUAAAAUAAUUUCUUCUUCGAUGGCACUUUCGGUGGAUGCGGAACUACUUCUGCUCCCUAAGGCUAAGGACACAUUUACUUUGCACCUGUCAAAUAUGGUUACUUGGGUUAAUAAGAAGAAUAAAUUUUCCAUGAUAAACAAAUGAAUAACAUUCCUGAUUUUGAAUUUGGAAAUUACUUCUCUGGAAAUAACCACAAUAAUGCCUACUCCUUAAACCCUAUGGGCAGCAUUAAUAAUACUUAAAACAACAAUAAUUAAAAUGGAAACAAUAACUCAUCCAACAAUUAGGGAUCAUCAAACAACAAUAACAACUCAUUCUUACCUAAUAACUUCUUAUUCUCUACAUACAACACCAAUAAUGCAGUUGAUCUUGCUGACUUGUUUCCCCCUGAACCAGUUCCCAAACUUGAAAACAAGCAAAAUAGCAAUGGUAACUAUUACAUGGAAAAUGCUGAUUAAUUCUCUCCUUCUCACCACAAUGCUAGCAAUAACAAUAAUAAUCUUUCUCAUAAUUCCUCAUCUUAAUAACCUAUCAUUACUAAAACUGAAUGCAGCACUAAUCACUGCUCCAGCAAUACAGGUUUAAUGAAUAAUUGCAAUAACGUUUUGGGAAACUGUAAUAAUUUUAUUGGCAGCACAUUCAAUAUGAAUGCUAAUAAUGGAAAUAUGUUUGGAGACAGAUCUGGAAUUUAAAUGAUGCCUACUCAAAAUCCUUAUGGAAAUCACCACAAUCAACCUUGUGCUUAAACCCAUUAUGGUAUGAUCAAUGAUCACUCUCACCUCUCUAAUAUGCAUUAAACUCAACAUAUGAUGGGAAAUAACUAAAUGCCCAACUACCAUCAUUUAGCAUCUAAUAAUAUCCAUCCCACUCUCCCAAUGAUCUAAUAACAUAACCAAUAAGCUUAAAACAUCUCAAUUAUAGCUGGAAACAAAGGAAAUGUCUUCUCCAUUGUUAGAGAUUAAUAAAAGGAAAAGAAGAAAGACUAUGAUAAGAACAUAUGCAGAUAUAUUACAAGAUAAGUUGUUAGAAGCUUUUCUAGCCCUGAUUUCAAGAACAAAGUUCUUUUAAUUAUCAACGAAAUCUAUCCUGAUGCUCCUUCUUAAAACAAAAUCUAAAUCUAUAAGGAUGUCACUGAGUUUUUCUUAGGUGAAAUUGAAAAUCUCAGCGGUUUCCGUGCCUUGAAGGAUAUGCUAGUUGUUAAUCCUGACAUGGAUGGAACUAUUCUUGCCACCCAAAAAAAGAUUUUCCGUGACUUUAUGAGAUGGUAUUUAAAAGAAAGAUACUUCCGUAACAUCAUUAACGGAAAUAUGAAGGAUAAGCUUGCUUUUAUUAGAUACAAGAAUAAAAUCAUGCUCCACUACAUUAACAAGCCCCACAAAUGGAAUUCUAACAAAAAGAAAAGAUUAGGCAAAGUAUCUUCUCCUACCAACGCUUCAUAAAAUGCAAAUGGAAACGCACUUUUCUCUUCCGUCAAUCUCAGCAAAUAAGAAUAUUGA